AUGGCGUUGCUGUCCCUCUCUGUCUCAGUCUCCUUCAAUUUACAUGGCUACGCUAGUGGUACCCUUAUCAUCAACAUCGAACCGAAUUCGCCGCCGUCGACCUCCCAUUUCCAUCAAAUCAGGGGUGGGUCACCGUCGUUGGAUCUCCAUCGAACCGGUCGGAGGACACAGGUCGUGUGCAUGACUCCCGAAUUAGAGGAGAUGACUCGCCAUUCCACUCUGCAUUUUCCAGUACUAUCUGCAAAUUCAUUUAAUUGUGCUUGUAUUCAUCUCAAGAACCUAAAGGAGGAUAUGGAACUCCCUUGGAAGCAGCUUUGGGAUGUAUGGGAUCUCCGAGUCUUCAUUAUCUUAGGCCUUUUACUGCAAACCUUCUUAACUUUUUUCGCCCCCUUGAGAAAGCGAACGUCAAGCAAUUGGAUAAUUAUGCCCCCCUGGUCAGCAUACUGGCUUGCAGACUGGGCUGCAAACUUUGCUGUUGGGCUCAUCUCCAAGAGCAAUAACAACAGUACUUCUGGUGCAGUCAAAAAUGGAGAUCUUCAGGCAUUUUGGGCUACCUUUUUUCUGGUACACCUUGGUGGUCCCGAUACCAUAACUGCUUUUGCUCUGGAGGAUAAUGAGCUGUGGCUCAGGCACUUGCUUGCGCUCAUAGUCCAGUGUUUGGCUGCUCUUUAUGUCUUUUUCCAGACAUUACCCAGUAACAAGCUAUGGAUCCCAACAAUACUCGUGUUUGUAGCAGGAAUUAUCAAGUACUCUGAGCGGACACGUUCUCUGUAUCUUGCAAGCUUGGGUAUUUUACGGGACUCCAGGCGACGUGGUUCUUCUUACCCCAAAUUCGAGGAAGAAGAGUACAAUUCAAAAAUAGUUGUUCCAACAUGGAUGAAGUUAAUGUUUGAUGAUGCUGCUGGAGAGGCAGAAGGUGUUUUGACGGAGUUAGUGGUGAUGAAGCAUACUUAUUACUUUUUUAAUAUUUCAAAGGGGUUGAUUGUUAAUUCCAUUUUAAGCUUCAGUCAGCGCUACGAAAGCCGAAACAUCUUCACAAGAAGUGCAGAAGAUGCUUUUAGAAUGAUAGAGCUCGAACUGAAUCUCAUCUAUGAAUUUCUCUACACCAAGGUCAGUGUGGUGCAUAGUAAAUUAGGGUAUAUUUGUAGGUUUGUUUCCUUCAUUUCAGUUCUUGUAGCCCUUGUACUCUUCUAUUUUGAGAACAAGCAGGGAUUCCAUAGUUUUGAUGUUGGGAUUUCCUAUGUCUUGCUUCUUGGUGCCAUUGUGCUGGACAUAAUUGCUAUUGUCAUGCUCAUUUUCUCUAAUUGGACCAUUAUUGCCCUCAUCAUGAGUACUAAUUUACUAUGUGUCAGUUCUGAUGAUAAAUCCUUUAGUGCUAAAUUCCUCAACUUCUUGCUCGCCGUCAAGAGGGGAAGGAGGAUUGCGGACUCAGCAAAGCCUCCUUGUCCCUGCUGA